UAAAUGGCACCACAACCUAACACAAGAGUUGGUCUGAUUUAUUUUGUACCACAGUGGAAAUUUGAGGUCAUGCAGUAAAUUUAUCAAUCGUAUGACAUUUGAAAUCAGUGCGCAGAAACGAAUUAAAUAUAUUUGAGAAGUAGUUGGAUAUAUCGUUAUUUCUCAUCAGAAUGCCACAGGUCCACAACAAAUCCAUUCUUCUGGAUGGAAAUGCAUUUGGAAAGAAUUCUCGUUUCAUGAACACUAUGAAAUUUAGUGAUGUAACAAAACGACGAGUCAGAGCAUUUAAUGUGGUGGAGAACCGUUUAAGUAAAUAUAGAAUAAAUUAUUACAAUAGACAAGCAGAAAUAGAGUUCAAUCGUGUUCAAAAACAGAAAGAAACAUUACUAGUUAGAAUGAAAAAACUUAUGGCUUACAAAGUAGUUGCAAAACAUCACAAUAUUUCGAAUGCACAAGACUAUCAUGCAGCGUUAAAUGAAGAUAGAUCUCCACGCAAAAUACAAAAGGAGGUUAAAGAGAUGAUAAAGCAGAUUUCACCACAGUACGUGAGAGAAAAGCGAGCUAGAGAGAAAAUUGAUGAAGCUAGGCGCCUCUGUGAUGAUGUUAUACAUAAAAAUCGAAAACAAAUUGAUGUGAUUUAUCCUCCACCGAAACAAUGGCUGCCAUAUCGAGAACAGGAUGAGGACGAUUCAAGGUCAAAUGUAACAACUCCCCAAUCGGCACCACCUGAAAUGAAUGCUGAAAUGAGAAUGCGAAGAUUGACUCUGCCACAAAAUCGGAGAACUGUAGGGGUUUCCAGAGCAUACGUUAUGGAGAAAAGUAAUCUUGGUGAAAAAUUAGAAAAAGAAAAGACUGCUAUGGAAAUACCCCCACAGAAAGAUAUGCUAAUAUCUGAAAUAGAAACUAACGAUAAAGAACUAAAGCCUGAGUUACCGCCAGUCAUUGUUCGACGGUCAAGCUUAAAAGACGAUGCUUUACCAAAGCAAAAAGCUAAUCGAUUAGAAAAACCGAACUAUGAGCUUGCCCCAGUUUCGCUCAACAAAAAGAUUAAAAAAGAGCUUGAUAUUAGGUCAGACUAAAAUUGGUCAUUUAAUCACUUUUGAAAUUAGAUGUUUCACUAAAGGAAGUACUUGCUUCAUUAUGAGAAUCAGUGCUAUUUACUCUUCCAGGUACAGAAACAAAUAUUCCCUGCAAUCUUAGCAGAGGAACAAGAUCAGGUAUAGAUAGACGCAAUUCUAUGUAGAAAUAUAGACGGUAUUGAUUAUUGAUUAUUGUGUCUCAGAAAACUGCUUACCUCAAACCAAUUAAAGUAUUUCAAAAGAGA